GGGAGCUCUGUGAGCGCGGCCUGGGACCCGGGAGCUCUGUGAGUGCAGGAUGAAGGCACGGACAAUGUUUAUGGUGUGGUGACGUGAAGACCGAAGCAGGAUGGAGGCUGAUAUCAAAGCACUGCUGGUUAUUAUCCCUGUAGAGGGCAUGACCUGUAAUUCCUGCGUCCAAACAAUUCAGCAAAAGAUUGGGAGUCUCAAUGGAGUUCAUAGUAUUCAAGUGUCAUUAGAAGGAAAAAAUGCUGCCAUUAUUUACGACCCCAAGUUACAGACGUCAGAAGCAUUGCGUGAAGCUGUAGACGAUAUGGGAUUUGAAGCUCCUCCUGCUGAAACAAGUCCACAGCCUGUGCCUACUGUCAACACUUUUCUUUACUUAUCAGAGGAACAAUCUGUUGAGCAAAUACGCAACAGUCUUCUGCAGUUAAAGGGAGUCAUGGAUGUUAAGACUUCACUUCUUGAAGAGAAAGUGGCCAGAGUAACGUUUAUUCCUAGUACUAUAAGCACUGAAGUCAUGGUUCAAAAAUAUCCAGGACUGUCUUUACAACCUAUAUUCCCAAAGAAAAUAUCUUCAGGUUCUGAUGUUCAGGUGAAAAUGAAGAUAGAAGGAAUGACUUGCCAUUCUUGCACCAGCACUAUUGAAGGCAAGAUUGGAAAACUGAAUGGAAUACUGAGAAUUAAAGUGUCCCUGGAUAACCAAGAAGCUCAUAUUGUUUAUCAGCCUCACCUCAUCACAGUGGCCGAUAUCAGGAUGCAAAUUGAAGAAGCUGGUUUUACAGCUUUUGUGAAAAACAAACCUCCUCCAAACUUAGGAACUAUUGAUAUUGGACGUUUGACCAAUAUACAGACAAAUGGCAUAGGGGACAUUCACCAACUUCCAAAAUGCCUUAGCAGGGCUAUAUUCCAAGUAGAUGGCAUGCAUUGCAAAUCCUGUGUUGUAAACAUUGAAAACAAUAUGUCUGCUCAGCUUGGCAUCUCCAACAUCAAAGUAUCAUUAGAAGGAAAGUCAGCUGAUGUAGUUUAUAAUCCUAAUCUCACCAGUACCAAUGUGAUCAGCCAAACAAUUGAAGCAGUAUCACCGGGCACAUUUAAAGUGAGUCUUUCCAAAGAGUUCGAGCUUGUGGAGCCUCUCAGUGUUAAUAGUUCAGUAGCAGUUUCUUCUGCCGAACAAGCUUUUUCUAACAGGUCAAACCACAAAUCUUCCUCUAAAAUAAUAUUGAUAAAUAUUGAAGGAAUGACUUGCAGUUCUUGUGUGCAAUCAAUCGAAGGACUUAUAUCUCAAAAGCCAGGCGUGAGGUCAAUACAGGUCACAUUGGCAAAUAAUAAUGGGACUGUGGAAUACGAUCCAGCCAUUACCAAUCCCGAAGUUAUAAGAGCUUCUAUUGAGGAAAUGGGGUUUAUCGCUACCAUUUCUGGAUCUACGACUCCAUUAGGAAGUUUACAGAGGCCUCCCACCAAAUACCUCCAUCCCAAUGAUAGAAAUGGCAAAGAAACACCGACCCACAAUAAACAGGAAAACAGAACUGCGGACAAGUGCUAUAUUCAAGUUACUGGCAUGACCUGUGCUUCCUGUGUAGCAAACAUAGAGCGCAAUCUCCGCAGAGAAGACGGCAUAUAUUCUGUCCUUGUUGCCCUUAUGGCUGGGAAGGCAGAAGUGCGGUACAAUCCUGCAGUUCUACAGCCCUCCGGCAUUGCUGAACUAAUAGAGGAGCUUGGAUUUGGAGCCACAGUACUGGAAAAUUAUGAUGAGGGGGAUGGCGUUUUAGAAGUGGUGGUAAGGGGAAUGACAUGUGCGUCAUGUGUGCACAAAAUAGAGUCAUGCUUGAUGAAAACUAAAGGUGUUCUUUACAGUUCAGUUGCACUCGCGACAAACAAAGCUCACAUUAAGUAUGACCCGGAGGUGAUCGGACCAAGAGACGUCAUGAAAAUUAUAGAUAAUUUAGGCUUCACUACAUCCCUAGUUAAAAAAGAUAGAACAGGAAGUCACCUGGAUCACAGAACCGAAAUACAGAGGUGGAAACAAUCCUUCCUCAUCAGCUUGGUCUUCUGCGUUCCUGUAAUGCUCCUGAUGAUAUAUAUGAUGUUCAUGGAUAGUCAUCAACUGGACCCUCAUCAUCAUAACAUAAGCAUGGAUGACAUUACUACGUACCACCCUACAAUGGUCCUGGAAUAUCAGUUACUUUCAGGCUUAUCUAUCAUGAACUUCGUGUCCUUUUUAUUAUGUGUACCUGUGCAGUUUUUAGGUGGUUAUUACUUUUACAUUCAAGCUUACAAGGCACUGAAGCACAGAACAGCUAACAUGGAUGUGUUAAUUGUCCUGGCCACGUCUAUUGCGUUUAUCUAUUCCGUGGUGAUCCUGGUGGUGGCAAUGUGCGAAAAAGCCAAGGUCAACCCAAUUACAUUUUUUGACACCCCACCAAUGUUGUUUGUCUUCAUCGCACUGGGCCGGUGGUUGGAGCAUGUUGCCAAGAGCAAAACAUCAGAAGCUCUGUCUCGGCUGAUCUCACUGCAAGCUACUGAAGCAACUAUUGUAACAUUGGGAUCUGGCAACUCUGUUCUAAGCGAGGAGCAAGUGGAUGUGGAACUGGUGCAACGUGGUGAUAUAGUAAAAGUGACACCCGGAGGAAAGUUCCCUGUUGAUGGCAGAGUUGUCGAAGGUCAUUCCAUGGUUGAUGAAUCCUUAAUUACAGGUGAAGCUAUGCCUGUUACUAAGAAACCAGGCAGCAGCGUGAUUGCUGGCUCAAUAAACCAAAAUGGAUUCUUGCUGAUUGCUGCCACUCAUGUUGGCUCUGAUACUACUCUUUGCCAAAUUGUUAAACUUGUAGAGGAAGCCCAGACAUCAAAGGCACCUAUCCAACAAUUUGCUGAUAAACUCAGUGGCUACUUUGUCCCUUUCAUUGUUGCUGUGUCUGUCCUCACGUUGCUUGUUUGGAUUAUUGUUGGCUACCACAAUUUUGAAAUCGUAGAAACAUAUUUUCCGGGCUACAACAAGAGUAUUUCACAAGGAGAAGUGAUUAUCCGCUUUGCUUUUCAAGCUGCAAUUACAGUCCUGUGUAUUGCUUGUCCCUGCUCACUUGGUUUGGCUACCCCAACUGCAGUUAUGGUUGGAACAGGAGUCGGAGCUCAGAAUGGCAUAUUGAUUAAAGGGGGAGAACCAUUGGAAAUGGCACACAAGGUGAAGACUAUCGUGUUUGAUAAGACUGGAACCAUAACACACGGCUCUCCAGUUGUAAUGCAAGUGAAGGUGUUGGUUGAACGUAACAGGAUGCCAUCACACAAACUUCUUGCAAUAGUUGGAACAGCAGAGAGUAACAGUGAGCACCCCCUGGGCUCAGCCGUCACAAAGCACUGUAAAGAGGAGCUGAACACCGAGGUUCUUGGUACCUGUUCGGAUUUCCAGGCAGUGCCUGGAUGUGGAGUCAGCUGCAAAGUUAGCAACAUAGAACAACUUAUAUACAAGAGGACAAGUGCAAACAGCAGCAACAAGCUCCUAGUGCAGGUGGAGGGAAACCAUGAGGAUUCCAUUCUUGAGCCCUUCAUAGAUGCACCAGAACAAGAAUCUCUUCCAUCUCAGACAUAUUCUGUCUUGAUUGGAAACCGUGAGUGGAUGAACAGGAAUUUUCUUAAUGUGGAGCUUGAAACCGAUGCUCUCAUGGUGGAACAUGAGCAGAAGGGACGUACUGCAGUCCUGGUAGCUGUAGAUGGAUUGCUUUGUGGGUUGAUUGCCAUUGCGGACACUGUGAAGCCGGAAGCAGCCUUAGCUGUUUACACAUUACGUUCUAUGGGCCUGGAUGUUGUACUAAUGACUGGGGACAACAGCAAGACUGCCAAAACCAUUGCUGCACAGGUUGGCAUAACCAAGGUGUUUGCUGAAGUCCUUCCAUCUCAUAAAGUUGCAAUGGUAAAGCAAUUGCAAGAUAAAGGAGUCAAGGUGGCAAUGGUGGGUGAUGGAAUCAACGACUCCCCUGCUCUUGCCAUGGCCAAUGUGGGGAUAGCUAUCGGGACUGGCACUGAUGUGGCCAUUGAAGCUGCAGAUGUUGUUCUCAUAAGGAAUGACCUUCUAGAUGUGGUGGCCAGUAUAGAUUUAUCUCGCAAGACUGUGAGACGAAUCAGAAUAAAUUUUGUCUUUGCCCUGAUAUACAACCUUGUUGGCAUCCCAAUAGCUGCAGGUGUAUUCAUGCCAGUUGGCUUGAUUUUGCAACCAUGGAUGGGAUCGGCUGCAAUGGCAGCUUCUUCAGUUUCUGUUGUUUUUUCUUCUUUACUUCUUAAACUCUACCGUAAACCAAGUCGUGAAAAGCUGGAACUCCGAGCUCAAGGUCAAAUGAGACAGAAAUCCCCUUCAGAAAUCAGUGUUCACAUCGGAAUCAUGGAAAACCGAAGAAGUUCUCCUAAGCUAGGUAUCCUGGAUCGUAUUGUUAAUUACAGCCGGGCCUCGCUCAAUUCAUUCCUGUCUGACAAGAAUUCUCAACACGGCAUCCCCCUGCAUGAGCCUGACAAGCACUCACUACUCAUGGGAGAUUUUAGGGGUGAGGAAGAUACCUUUAUCUGAACAAUGCCACCAAAUAUAUAUCCAGGUUACAGACAUUAACAUUCUACAGUGGCUGUCAUGAAACACAGAGGGUUUAAAAUACAACUACUGUGACCCCAAAUGAAUAUUGAGAAAAUGACUUGCAUAGACAAAAUGCCACAUUUAUACUACAUGUGCCUGCACCUUGCUGGACUUAUGGUGAGAAUUUGGAGAAUGAAUACCAAUGAGCUUUUUCUCAUGAAUCUCACAUGCUCCUUUCUGGCACUACAGAGGUGACUUUAAAUACUGACUGCAUUGCUUUACAAGUGAAUGUGCCUUAUUUCCUUUUCCUUUUUAGCUUUCUUUGCACAUCCAGUGCUGUAAAACAAUAUACUGAGGACGCUUUGACAAUGUAUGAAAGUUAGUAUGUUGAAUGUACACGUAAAAUGUGUUCAUUUUAAUUAUUGAGAUUUUUUUUCCCCAUUCCCAUCAAAUGGGCUAAAUUAUGUGUAAUCCAAUACCAAAUUGUCACUCUCUGAAAGAAACAUAUUUGAGUAUAGAAGUCACAAAAUGUUUUAUCUCAUGAAAACAAAUAUGACUUUAAAAGCCUUUCUUCGCACCCCCUUGCCCCAGCUAUGCUGCUAGUUGUUUCCUUCCCACUGCCACUGGGGAGCCUCCAUCCUCAGAAAGCCAAAGGGUUGACUGCACAUAGUUCAUUAAAUGGGUUAUGUUUAUUUUACCUGUUCACUCACUGAAAAUGUUGCCCUUGUUUUAAAAAUUCUUGGUACUAUAAUCAGUGCAGGAGAUUGUCGUGAUUAUGUUGCAAUAAGUCUCUGGGAACCCGUAGCGCAUUUUAUGUCAGAUUGAUUUUAAAAAGGCUUCCCUGGGACACUACUCAGCAGCCCUUUUUGCAUCCUUUCAAAUAUUGUGCAUGUUAAUAUUCAACUUUAUCCGUACAAAGCCAGCCAUUCUUGGCCAGCAGUAAUAGUGUAACCCUCCUCUGCGCUUGCUUUGAAUGCACGCUCUCAUGAUCACAACGGCAUUCAUUUCUUCCCUUUAGCCAAAUUAGGCGGAACUGGCCUAAUCCCUUCCUAAAAAUGUCACUACCAGUAGGGAGUGAGAGAUGAGGGUAAGAAGAAAAAAGAAAACAAAUAGAUUUUAUAUAGAAAAUGCUAAGGGAAAAAAAAUAAGAAAAACUGUUAAAGUAGUAUUCCUUUAUUCUUCCAAUAUAAAUCAAAUUUAAUUCAAUUCUGUUAAUAUUGAAAUCUGCUCCAUGUUUAUCAGUGCACCAAGUCCAUAUAAUAUCAAUUGCUAAGGAUUACUAACCAAUCCUACAGUCUUAUUUCAUACGCAAUUUCAUCAUCAAAUUAUUAGAGCUCUAUUACUUCAACAGGUAUAAUUACCCUUCACCGUACUACAGUUGCCUUUUCUAUAAAAGUGCCCGUAGUGACAUUUGCACUGAUCACUUAUUCUAAUUUGACAACUUUAAUGCAGUAUAAAGUUAGCAGCUUCGUUGAGUUUGGUAAAUUAAAAACUAACAUUUACAUUUUUACAUAAAGCUACACUGCCUUCAGUGCUAAAAGAAUAUAAAAAACAAACAAAUGGGUCAAUGUUCUGCAACAGGGUGUACACUCUGACUGGGUUUACAUACAUUAGAAUUAAGCAUUUAUAUUUCUGUUGCAUUUAUUUAUUUAUUUUCUACAUCAAGCUAUUCAGUAAGUUAAUUUAUUUUGCGCACACAAUCCCAAGUGUGUUUACACCAGUUGCACAUAUUUUCUUUACAUUUGCAAACAAGCCCUUUUUUUUGUUGUUGUUGCAGAUUAGUAAUUCACAAACUCUUAUAGAACUUGAACCCACUUGCCACAGAUUACUCCAACUUCUGUUUGUUAGUUACCGUUUGCUUUAAACACAUGUUUGGGGGGGGAAAAGGCCAAGAACCCGCUCUACACUGUGGUAGAAAUGAAAAAUAAUGUAAAGACGUGUGGCUUUGAUUAAAUCUUCUCCUGCCAUAUUGCAUAGAUUGCUUCAGUAGAAACUAUACACCUAUCUAAUCGAUACGUACGCCAGCUUAAAUCUAGAUACACAUGUAUUGAGAUUACUUAAAUCACAUGUGUUUAUAUAUAUACACACAAUACAUCGACCUGUAUACAAAUUGUAUUUUAAUCCUAUCUAAAAGCAAGACAUUAUCUGUGCACUUUUUAUAUUGGGCAGGAAAGUAAUGUUUUAUUACUAAACUUUUUGAUAUUCGAAUUUCUUUGUUCUGCAUCCUGAUUCAAAAUAAUGUGGACUAUAUUAAUUUAUAUUGUUUGGUAUAGGAUUUUAUAAUUUGAAUAUAGAUGGGGGUAUCCAUUAAAAGUCUGGAAAAUGAUUGUAUUUUUGUAAGCUACAUAAUUCUUGUGUGUGUCUCGAAACAAAAAAGUUCAAAUUGUUCAAAAAUUCAUUCACUGAAAAAUGCAAGUAACUAUGUCUCUCCAACGCUCUCUUACAGCUGCAUUCAGUGCAUUAUACUAGCAUGGAUUUGCAAUGCUCAACUAAACAGGCUUGAUAUAUGAAAUAAAUUGCAAUGCAUGCAGUUCAUAUAUGCAUUUUAACAAUGUUCCUCCUGCAGCAGUAAGUCUGUUAUGUCCGAAUCGAAUGGGGUGUAUCCUUGUGAAAAAGCAGUAAAACAGUCCACAAUGUCUGAAACCGCUUUGGAAAAUGAAAAGUGUUUUGUGUUCAAGAAAACAAACCUAACGUGUGUGUGUGUUAUUUUAUUUCAUAGGUUCCCCUGCUUAGCUCUUAACAACUAUGCAAGUUCUCCCUGUCUUCUUUGAGCACAGGGCAGUUCAACACAUACAGUGCAAAAAUUAAAAGAAAGAAAGUCAAAUUUGUGAUCGAUACAAAUGGCCUGCAGGAGGUGCAUACCAACCUAAAUUCAACUAAACAAGCUUGCUGAACAUAAACUUUUUUUUAAAUCACUAUAUUAGCUUAUGGGUUAUCCCAUAUUAACAUCAAUAUGGAGGCUACAUUUAAAUUUUAGGGUCAAAAUAGCCACAUUAAAAACAGAAUUGACUGGGGAGAUUUUUCUAAUUUGGCAAUUGUAGAGGAGCUCCAAUACCCAGCAUAGGUGUCUCCGCUGUAUAAUCCUUGUAGCUGAGGAAACAGUACAAUAUCCAAAGCAAAAUCCCCCCAGUAACUGGACGACACACAGUUCUGGGAGUAAACUGGUUUAAUGGGAGCCUUUUAUGUAACUCCCCAUGCAAGGGGUUUCCUUAAUCACAUUCCAGGAGCAUUCCCCACUUGACCUGAGAGGAGACUGCUGCAAAGUACACAACUAAAUUCCAUUAAUUCUCAGGUCCAGAAAAUAUACAUGAAUUACACCCCAAAACACAUAUUUUAAAUUCCACAAAAUUAACAUCACUGAACAGCUGGGAUCUGAGCGCACACUUUGCCAAAAUAUCACUCAGAUCCCUUUGGUGGUUCGGGAACACCAUUUGAGUGAAGGUUGGCUGGUCGGCCACGAGGUGAAGCCCCAAAACCGUUCAAGAGGAAAAUCAGGCACGAUCAGUCAUCUUUCGGGGAUUCUCACAUGAAUAUCGACGAAAGCUCACCCUAGCUGUUCGCAUACGAAUGUUCUCCCUAUUCGGUAAUAUGUCUCUGGAACGCCUCAUAACGGUUCAGGAAGUUGGAUGGGCAGCGGUAUCAGUUUACCUGAUGUUCGCUGGGUUGUGUAGCCGAAAUCAGUACCGUGUCGUUGACGACCAUGUACCGCUGCCCGCGUUCGGGAGAUAAAAUUGCUGCCAUUUGUUUGCACACGUGUGUUUGGCAAUACGGCAGCAACACGGGAAACACUUUCUUUAAUACGCAAUUUGCAGCUAGCAGCCAGGGGUGGUCGGUAAACGAACAGGGGGUUACGGACAGCCAAACAAAGGGAAUGAAAAGUGUAUGACAAGCAUUCAUUCCGCUACAGCAAUUAUAACCUAUUUUUUGCUAUUUAUAUUGAAUUACUGACAAUUCUCACUUUAGUGAAUAAAAAAAUUUAAGUGCCCAUAACAAAACCCCCUGCACUGCUGGCCAUCAUGUUUUGAAAUAUGUCACACAGUGGGCAGCCCUGGACUGAUCAAUUACUUAUUUUUUUUAAUUUUGACUUGUUUUAAUUUCUAUUUAUGUUAAUGAAGAUAAAAAUGAGUGAAACUCACUUAACUAUAUAGCAUAAACAAUCAAUCGUAAACUCGGAUGCAUAAGAAAAAGAA